AUGGCGGACUCCUAUGCAACACGCGCAUGGAAAUCUAUAGUGUCGGAGUGGCUGUCCGAUGGAAGAGAAGGUGAUGUAACAUUGGUUCAGUCCAUGACGCUUCUAGCUAUUUUUGACUUCACAGAGUGCAAGCACCGGGCUGCCUGGAUCAAGAUUGGAUUAGCCGCCAGAUAUGCUCAGGAUCUGAAUCUGAUGUCUGAACCACCGGCAGAACUAUCUCCAGCUGACCAGGAAGAACACCGCCGCGCAUAUUGGUCAUUGUACCUUCUUGAUAAGCUGAUAACUUGUGGUAGGGCCAAGCCCCCGGUGUUCCAGGAACAUUACUGCAGAGUCAAAUUACCCUGCACCGAGGCAGCGUUUCGGUUAGAGGCGGAUGAGAAAAGGUUCAGUAUCGAACAUUUUACUCGAAACGACAGCCUGGAAACGGAUUGCUCUAGUACCUUCGCCAAGGUGAUCGUUACCUCAUCCGUCCUGUCACAGUGUGCACAAUACUCUCUUCAAGGUUAUCACUUUCAAAGUCGAAAACCUCCCUGGGACCCUCGCUCCGAUCAUGCUAUCAAUUCCUCGGCGCUCCUCUACCUGGAGACACGGUUCGAAUUUGGUCUCGACAUCACCGGCGCACUUUUGAGACACUGCGUAGUCGAUGGUCAUGUGGACUCUGAUGCUGCAGAGCCUCUAAUCUUCUCAUACAUCUUAUUCCACCUUUCACAUUGCCUUCUACAUCACCCCUUCCUCCUCCGUCAACGCUUAGAGGAGUAUAACGCGAACAUCCCAGCAAAGUUUCUCGCUAGGUCAAUAGCAAUCUGCUUGCAGCACACCCAAGACAUUACCCGAGUACUUCGAGAAGCGCAAAAGGCGGGCUGUAAAUUGAAGAGUUCAUUCUAUGGUUUUGCCGUCGUGGUAGCCGGGAUGAUCAAUGCGCUGCAUCAACACUCUGAAAACGAUUUUGUGCGGCGACAAGCUAUAGAAGAUCUGCAAUUUGAUCAGGCGUUCUUAGAUGAACAUGCGAAAUGCUGGAAAAACUCGGUCAUCAUUGUACAAAAAUGCACUCUCCGAGUUCUCUUUGGAGAGUUCGAAAUUCAAAGGACUCAUUGA